CCCCACAGAAGGUCAGGUGUCUACUAUUUGAGCUCGACACUUGGGCUCGUAGGUUAGACCUUAACACCAUCUGCACUAGACCGUUGAGUGCGCGAUAGGGGCUUAAGUUUAGAAAAUGUGAAUGCUCCUAUUGCGCUUAAGCAAAAAAAAUAAACAAAUAAAUAAGUUUCCACGAACAAGAUUUAAAUACCUACGAUUUCAAUACGGCAGUGGCUGGUGUUAUUUCGUCACGCUCGCUAUGUUUCAUACCCCAUAUAUUGGAUCGGAUUGUCGUUUCUUUAACCCCCAGCAACAGGACCGGUAUAGGGGUGUCGAAGCUUGGAAAGUUUGUUAGAGUUUCGUUGUAAGUUUAAAUUCCAAGAGGUACUAUGUAGUAGUGUUAAUAUUUUUAGGUAAAGACCGUGCACUGUCCGUUAUGGCUGCCCUAAGGGGUUCAAGAUUCUACAUAGUACCUAAGUGAUUUUUCAAUUAUUCUUCCCCCGUAGCCGAAGACUCAUGUUGUUUGAGGGUUUUGAGUUGACCUAACUAGCGUGAAAAGAUUCAAUCUUUAGUGUAAGUGAGGGACAGUCUUGGCGCACCAACUUUGAGCACGAGCAAAUUCACCAAUGCCAUCCGUAGGAACUUAUUCGAGUUUGGCGUUUCUCCUUCUCACCCUAAUAACUAUUCCCUACAUUGUGUUAUAUAAUCUCGAGUUAACUAGUAUGAAUUCUUUAGUGAAAACUACCGAAAUAAUUGGUACUGAGAUUCUCAUACCUGCCGAGUGUAGGAAGCAGAAACCAUUUUUCAAAAUCGGGGCCUUUUCAGUACAUUGCAAUGUUGAGUCGUUGACUGAUCCAAUCAGGGCCGAGAGUCUAGGUAGUAUGUAAAUCGUCGCUGUUGUAGUGGUUAGGUGCCAAGUCGGAAGCUUAUUAGACACCCCAGAAUAAACGGACGUAUUCUCACUGACUCAGAACUC